GACACUGUUAGUAUAAAGAGUAUCCGAAGUAAACGUAGUGCCAAAAUUGUCUUAAAUUUUUUAGAACACAAUGGCAAAUUUAAGACAAACGCCGUUAACAUGUAGUGGGCAUACAAGACCAGUUGUGCAUUUGGAUUUUAGUUCGGUUACUCCAAGCGGUUAUUUUUUGAUAUCAGCAUGUAAAGAUGGAAAACCCAUGCUGCGUCAAGGAGAUACUGGGGAUUGGGUUGGAACAUUCGAAGGACAUAAAGGUGCUGUGUGGGGCGUAGCAUUAAAUGAACAAGCAACACGCGCAGCCACUGGUGCCGCUGAUUUUACUGGGAAAGUGUGGGAUGCAGUUUCUGGAGAAGAAAUUCAUUCAUUUCAACAUAAUCAUAUUGUAAAAAGUGUGAAUUUCUCGAAAGAUAGUAAUCUGUUAGCAACUGGUAGUAAUGAGAAAUUAGUACGAGUAUAUGAUUUAAAUAAGCCAGAAGCUAAUCCUACAAUAUUUGCUGGUCAUACAUCUGGUAUUAGACAUGUGAUAUUCUUUAGAAAUGAUACGCAUUUAGUAACUUGUGCUGAUGAUAAAACCUUACGAGUCUGGGAUAGGGCCUCUGGAAAGGAAGUUCAAAAAUUAGAUUUUCCGUCCGUACCUUCCAGUUUGGAAGUAUCCCGUGAUGGUACAGUUAUUACUGUUACAUACGGGAAUGUGGUCAGUUUCCUAGACUCAGGUUCGUUACGUACUAUACGUAAUUUUCCAGUUCCAACUACUGUGAAUUCUGCAAGUCUUCAUCCUGACAAAAGUAUAUUUGUUUGUGGAGGUGAUGAUCUCAAAAUGUAUAAAUUUGAUUAUGCAACGGGAAAUGAAAUAGAAUCAUUUAAGGGCCACUUUGGACCUGUACAUUGUGUACGUUUUUCACCUGAUGGUGAACUAUACGCAUCCGGUAGUGAAGAUGGUACAUUACGUCUGUGGCAAACAACAGUUGGAAAAACUUAUGGCCUCUGGAAAUGUGUGGAUGGUGCAACAGUCCCAACAGAAAUUGCAUCACCUUUAAAACCAGUUUCAGCCAAUUAGUAACAUCAAUCAGAAACAGAAAUACACCUUACUGCCUUACGAAAAAAAAUUUGAAUUUUCUUUUUUUUUGUAUUUAAAAUACGCAUUCCA